AUGUCCUGUACAAGCGAGCCUGGUUCUCAGGCUCGGGACGAGGCUGGAGCCGCUAUUAGUGGAAGUCCGUCUUUGACUCAUCGCCUGAGCGAGACUUUCUGUGGGGAGACACCCGGGGAAGAAGGAGCAGCAGCAGAGGCACGGAGCGGUGGUACUAUCGAGGCUUCAGGCGACGAGAAACGGCGGGAAGAGGAGUCUGUUGUCUCGGAAUCGGUGGAUGCACCUGAGGCUGCGUCCGUGUCAGAGGGGAUAGAGGAAUUAAAUAAGUGGGGGAACGGAGAGAACGGAGAGGAAGCAGCGACAGCGAAAGCAGAAACCGUCAGAGCGGCAGAGUGUGAUAGAGACGAUACUACUCAGGCCUUGCAAUCUGAGUCAGAGCAGGCGCUCAAGAAGGUGUCUCUUGAUCCCAACGCCGCUGAGUUCACCCCUUCGUUCGCGCCUUCCCCAUCAGCAGUCGCUGCGGCACCUUAUUUACCUGACUACACCCCUCUCAGCUCCACUGCCGCUGCGGAUGUCUCUGCGGUCACCGCUAGUGCCGCUUCUGCUGCUUCAUCCGCUUCGUUUGUGGUUCCUCCACUCAUUCCUCCCCUCGUUACCAGCAGCUCGAUUCCUGGCUUGAAUCUUAGCCGUCUAUUGCCGGCAAUUUCCCAGGCACCAUUGCCUACACACGCGGGCUUCAGGGCUCCUUACAUGGGGUAUGAAAUGGGGGAGGCGCUGGUACCUCCUCCUCCUCCCACGCCCCCCACGCCCUUGGCUACAGCAGACGACAGGGUUUCCAGAGCAAUACUGCUCUCUCUGUUGCCACCACCUGAACAACUACCUGACGCCGUUCUGGCGCAAGAGAUAGAGAGAACGUGGGGUCCUUUGAGAUUCCUCGACUUGUCCCGUCGCUGGGAAGGCAUGGCCGUGGCACAUUUCUUCGACCUGCGCCACGCCAAGGCAGCUCUGCGAGACGUGCAGCAGCAGCACUGGCUGCAGCAGCAGCGCACCCACCACCGCAUCCUGCUUCGCCUGCGCCAAAUACACACGAGAGAACCCCCUGAGAAGAUCAUCCCAGACCCAUACCGGCCCCUGCCGAACGAGCCUGUGCCGCUGAAAGGGCUGGGAUUGGUUGCUGGGUGGGUGGUGUGGGCUCAAGCGGUGGAUAUUGAUGGGAAGGGAGGGGCGUGGGCGGGAGAGGGGAAGGGGGCUGGGCGUGGGACGGGGUUUGGGGGAGGUGGGGCGGAUGGUGGAGGCGGUAGAGGGGAGUUCGGUGUGGUGCAGCGGCGUCACCAGCGACAGAAGUCGCAGGGCCCGCAGCAGCAGCACCAGCAGCAGCAGUUGGGGCAGCAGCAGCAACACGAGCAAGGAGGGUCAUGGGCAGGGGGGUCGUACGAGCAGCAGGGAGGGCCGUGGGGAGACGUUAAGGAGGUCAGAGCUGUUCCUUCCCAGAAGCUUCAUCGCCUUGUGGAAUUUUUCGACAUUCGGGCAGCAGCCCAUGCGCUGCAGAAGCUGACCGGAACAGAGCUGGCGGGCAGGAGGAUAAAGGUUGAGUUUGCACGGCAGGGAGUCAUGACAGAAGCAGUUGGAGCAGUUGGAGCAGUGGGGGCGGUGGGAGCAGGAGCAGUGGGAUCAAGUGCAGCGGAUGCAUGGCAGCAACGUGGAAAGCGAAGGGGCCGAUCUGGUGUGGAGAGCAGAGGUGGCAGGGGGGGAAUGGGGACAGAUGGGUUGCUGCUAUCAGGAUCGGCGCCUCAUGCAGACGGCACCAGGGGGGAUGCAGUGAGAGAGACGGAUGCUGUAGCUUCCCUAGAGGAACAGGUUACAGGCGACUGUGAGAAGGUAUUGAAGAAAGGUGAGAAAUUAUUGAAGGUUGCUGAGAAGGUAUUAAAACAAAUGCUUGGUGACAGAGCCGAGGACGUUUCUGAUGAAGCUUCUGCGAUAUUUUCUGAAGCUGAGUUAGCAGCAGGUGCUGAUGUGGGAGGGGGAGAGAAGGAGGGAAAGGUGAUAGAGGACUCAGUGGUGAAGGAUGGGUGUUCAACAGGAGAAAGAGAGGGCGAGAGUGGAGGGGAGAGUGCCAGGUCAAGAGGUGGCAGGGUGGCUGAUGAGUCGGCGUCGCUGCAUCAAGAAGAGCUGUCACUAGAGGAGCUGCUUCCUAUCUCAUCUCCGGGUCAGGAAUCCAGGAUGGAUGACAGCACGCCAGGGGAUUCCAACCCAGACAUUUCUACACCAGUUACUACUGCACCCAUCACUACUGCACCCAUCACUACUGCACCCAUCACUACUGCACCCAUCACUACUGCACCCAUCGCCAGUGCACCCAUCACCACCGCACCCAUCGCUACCGCAGUCAACACGAGCAUGUCCACGAGCAGCACAGCGAGCGUCCAGAGCUCGCCAGACACGUGGAGCCCUUCUGUCUCACAGGCAUACGUCCUGGGAAGUCAGGCCUUCGGGGGUUACAUGCAUGAGGGGCAGCAGCAGCAGCAGCAAUACCAGCAGCAGCAACGGCAGUACCAGCAGCAGCAGCAGCAGCAGCAGCAGUUUCAGCAGCAGCAUCCGGGGCCAUAUGAGCCUCCUCACGCCCCUGUCUCGGUGCCUCUGCUGCAAUAUCCCCACACUGCCUACCCACACGCUCACUCCAACCUCAUGCCCCUCAUGCCCCACGCCCCACCCUCCGCACCUCACACUCACGGCCACGGCCCUCCCCAGUACGCCUACCAGUUUGCCCCAGGCAUGCCGUACCUCCCACCUGGUGGGGCUGCAUCCUCUGCUUAUCUUCCCUACCCUCCUGCACCACCAAUGCCCUUCCCUUCUCGCCAUGCUGCGCAUUCUCCCCUUGUACCUCAUCUGCCGCCUCCUCCUCCUCCUCCUCCCCCUCUCCCUCCUUCGACUGCUCCCACUCAUCUGUCCCUGGCUGCAAUAUCUGCCGGGGGGGCGUCUCCUGCUGUCUCGUUCCCCACUUCGCUCUCCUCCUCUCCCCGAUUCCCUGCCACCCCCACUGCUAGUGCCUCCCAUGCUUCUGCUGCUGCAACUGCUGCUGCCCCUGCUGCUGCUAACCCCGCUGCCCCUCCUACCCCCACUGCCCCUACUGGGUUUGCUAUGUACGGCCAUGCUACACUAACACCCAUGGGCAUGGGGUAUCCUCCAAUAGGAAUUGUCGGAGCGGCAGCUGGAAUGUUUCCAUCUGCCCGUCCCGGGCAGAUGCAGAUGCAUUGGAACGUGCCUGUGGCGCAAGGAAGUGGGGGUGGGGGAGGAGGGGGAGACGCAGGAGGCAUGGGCGGGAUGUGGAUGGGGCGAGCAGCAGGGAGGGGAGAAGCUAUGGGCGGGAGUGCAAGGCAGGGUUGGAUGGAGGGCUUACCCAAUCGUCGCCUUCUAUCUCAUCCACUCAUUUGUUUUCUGCUGUACAUCCUUCCUUCCCCUUGUCUCCUGUAUUCCCCGCCCCUUCCCAACCUUUCUCUGUCCCCGUCGCCCCAUGCCCAGUUCGCAUUUGUCGAGGAGGCAGCCGCAGCAGUGGCCAGGAGAGAGGCCGCCCAGCUGGCUGCCACGUCAGCAGGCAGGUGGCACCAUCACGGACGGACACGUGGCACUGCCGAAGAAACAGGGGAAGGGAGAGCAAAGGCGCAUCGCCCUCUGACAUGCUUGACUGAUCUCGUCCAGAAUGGCUUGAGUGGUUCAAGUGACUAUCGGGGGAGCACAGGGAGGGUGGUGGUGUCUCUCCCCAGUGCGAGUGUUACACGUGCAGCGAGUGUUACACGUGCAGCGAGUGUUACACGUGCAGCGAGUGUUACACUUGCAGCGAGUGGAGGUGUGGCACUGGGAGAAGGAGACGAGAGCACGGGCGAGGGGAAAGAGGCAGUGGGAGAAGGGGAAAACACAACAGGAGGGGAGGUAGGGGGCGAAGGAGUAAAUGUUGCCCGAGAGGAGGGCAGCGCGCACCAGGAGAAGCAGCAGAGCAGGGUACAGGGGGAAGCACAGGCUCAGGUGGAAUCUCAGGGGGGUGCACAGGUGGAAGUCCAGGUUAACGAUGGGGUGGCGAGGGGGCGGAGGGACGGCACGAGGACGACGGUGAUGGUGCGCAACAUCCCCAACCGCUACAACCAGGCCAUGCUGCUGGCCCUGCUGGACGCGCACUGCCUGCACUGCAACUCGCACCCACGCUGCCGGCCCUGGGGUGGAGGGCGGGCUGGUGGGCGGGCGGUGGGUGAUGGCGACGGUGGUGGUGUUGCUGGUGUUGGUUCUGUUACUGCUGCUGGUGGUGGUUGUACCGAUGGAGAUGGGAGCAAUGGCAGUGAUGCGGGGAGUGACAAUGGCAGCAGUGGCAGUGGUGGGGGGAGUGGGGAGGAGGAGGAGCAUUGGGAGCCGCUCUCUGCGUAUGACUUUGUCUACCUUCCCAUUGACUUCAAGAACCGGUGCAACCUGGGGUACGCGUUUGUGAAUCUGACAACGGUGACGGCAGCGCUGCGGCUGUUCCGCGCCUUCCACCUGCAGCCCUGGGAGGCUUUCAACUCGAGGAAGGUCUGCCGCAUCUCCUACGCCCGCGUGCAGGUGCGUGGCUUCAUUCACGUAGUCGAGGUGCGCUGUUCCGAAGUUCAGGUGCCACCGAGCUUCACAUUCCGUGUCUUUGCUGUCUUUCUGACCAGGCUGUUUACGUCGCAAUGGUUCGAUGUGCAGGGUCGGGCGGCACUGGAGGAACAUUUCCGCAACUCACGCUUCGCCUGUGACACGGAGGAGUUUCUCCCGCUCGUCUUCUCCCCGCCCCGCAACGGCAUCUCCUGCCCUCCUCCCGUGCUUGCUGCCGGUCACAUGGCAGGCCAGCAGGUAACCCUCACAGGCGGUAACCACCACAGCACGCUCACGUCUGACCCUAGAUCUCCCAGGCGCGACGUAUUGAACCCCGGCCUUUUGCCCGGCAUGGGGACGUGGGGCAAGGACGUGGGGCAAGGACGUGGGGCAAGGACGUUGGGGAAGGACGCGGGGGGAGGACGCGGGGGGAGGAAGCGGGAGGAGGACGCGGGGGGAGGACGCGGGGGGAGGACCUGGGGGGAGGACGCGCGGGGAGGACGCGUGGGGAGGACCUGGGGGGAGGACGCGCGGGGAGGACGUGCGGGGAGAACGUGGGGGGAGGACGCUUGCCAUUAUCGUCCAGGACGUGGACAGUAA